CAGACAUAUAGACAGAGAGGUAUAUAGAUAUUGAGAGAGAGAGAGAGAGAGAGAAAGUGAGAGAGCGAAAGAGACAGUGUGAAGGCGAGAUAAGGAAGAGGCGGAGAGGGUAAAAGGUACCCAUGACUCGGUUCGAGCAAGCAAGGCAGGCAAGCAGGCAGCCCUUUUCGCAAGGCAGGCGACCCCCUAAGCCUGGUUAGGGGCGAAGGCGGCGAGCCGCGGAGGCCACAACACGACCGCCGUCCUCAUUGGUCGACGCGCUUGCCCUGGGUGGGGCUCCGGAAAAAUUGGAGGGGAGAAAAAUCCCCUCUAAAUAGCUGCGGCUGCGGCCACGAAAAACUAGAAUCCGCUCAGCCGGCAUCGAGUGCGCGUCGCGAUCAACUCAACUUUUACGCUUUUACCCGCGGUACGCUCUCUCCGAAAAGGGGGAAGAAGAUACGAGCAGAGAGUAUACAGUGUUUGGGGAAACGGAGAGAGGAAGAUAUAUAUAUAUAUACAUAUAUAUAUAUAUAUAUAUAUGUAUAUAUUCCUAUGUGUACAUACAUAUGUAUAUAUACAUGUACAUAUGUAAAGCUUGAAAAGGACACGCGACACACUGGAUAUACUCUGUGUUUCUUUUCGUUUAUCAUUGUCCGUUUCAAAUUCGUUAUAUCAUUACAAUAAUAAUAACCCUAACAACAAUAACAAUAAUAACAACAACAACAAUCAUAAUAUUAAUAAUAAUAAUAAUAUUAAUAAUAAUAAUAAUAAUAGUAAUAAUAAUAAUAAUAUAUAAGAGGGAGUUAAGUGUUAAUAAGUGUCAAUUCGAUGGACUGUGUAAGGAGAACGAAAACUACAGGGUGUUUUUAUCAAAGAUAGUGUUACGCAAAAGGAGGACCGUAUAGAACUUUCAAAAGUUCGCGCUAAGCGGCAAACGAUCGAACUAGGAUCCACAAAGAUGCAUCUACCGGAGGGACCUUUAGGGAUCGACAGCUUCAGCGCAAUUCGCGAAACUCUCGGCGCUUGUCACGGUGAACUCGUACAAACCGGAAGUCCAGCGAUACUAUGUAGCGCGUUACCAUCACAUUGGAGGUCGAACAAGUCCCUUCCUGUGGCUUUCAAGGUCGUUGCACUCGACGAGGUCAACGACGGUACGCUGGUCACGAUCAGGGCAGGAAACGAUGAGAACUGUUGCGGCGAACUUAGGAACUGUACGGCGGUCAUGAAGAAUCAGGUUGCCAAGUUCAACGAUCUGAGAUUCGUCGGUCGCAGUGGCAGAGGUAAAUCCUUCUCACUGACGAUACAAAUCAGUACGGUGCCUUUUCAAAUUGCUACCUACAACAAGGCGAUCAAAGUAACCGUGGACGGACCAAGAGAGCCCAGAUCAAAAUCAAACUACCAAUAUGGACCUGGAUUUCAUGGACUUGGUUUACUCAAUCCGUGGUUGGACGCCGCCUAUUUGGGCCAUGCUUGGCACUUUUCUCAUCCAGCACUGGUUAAAGGAACACUUCCAAUACCACCAACGGAUCUAUUUCCACCGUCGUUCCCACCAACUACCGUACUACCCACAACUUAUCCCUUUGAUCACAUGAAAUAUCCAACGGAAUAUACGACGUUACAUGGGAAAACAAUGUCGACUAUUUCGACUACGACGACGACGACAGCCUCAACGAUACCUAACAGUCCAUCAAGAACACCACCGAGAAGUCCAAGCGAGUCCGAGAGCGAGGUAACAGCCGAGGAAGUUCGUAGCAGUGCCUUCGUCCCGAUUAGGCUGAACACCCUACCACCGCACCAAUCCGUCACAACAAACCCAUCCUCAUCUUCUCCAGAAAGGAUCACGCUUAGAGCGAAACCGACAGAAGGUGUAAAAAAUGAAUUAAAAGCACCAACGACAUUAAUUUCUCAAAGAAUUUCACCAAAGAGAAUCUCAUCGCCGACCAAGAUAUCUUCGUCGACCUCAGUGAAACCCGUUUGGAGGCCUUACUAAAAUCCUUAGACGAGAGGGAAAGGGAGAAAGUGAGGAGGAGAAAAAAAUAUACAAACAAAGAGAGAAAAAGAUGGAGAGAGAGAGAAAGAGAGAGAGAGAGAGAGAGAGAGAGAGGAAAAGAAAAGAAAAAAAAGGAAAGGAAGAAAGGAAAAGAAAACUUUGAUCCUCCGAUCCCCCCACCCAACUGGAAGGCUAGUGAUACCACGUGAACUAUGUUAGGCGUCUCGAAAUAACCCUCUAAUACUUCGAUUCCUUCAUCUUCUAGUUUUAUCGUCAAUGAUUUUAUUGGUUGAAUUAAUAUACGAUGAUUGCCUUCGGUUUUACGAAGGGAAUAAUAAUACAGACCAAAACACGCGUGCUGCAGCCUCUCGUCUAUCGAAAGGAUACGCCUCGCUUCACCUAUAAUCGUUUAACGAACGAAUUAUCUUCACUAUCUAUAGCUGAUUAUUAAGAUUGUAAAUUAUCUAAGACGGAUAAUUCGAGAAAUUUGUAUAUACGUGUAGAUUUAGUUCGUGGACAAUAAUGCAGUGAUAGAAUACAGAUAUUAUAUUAUAAAUAUUAUAUAUAUAUAUAUAUAUAUAUAUAUGUAUAAGUAUAUAUAUAUAUAUGUGUGUGUGUGUAAUCGUACAUAAAGAGGACAGACAACUUGCACGCAUGCAUACAUAUAUACAUAUACAUAUACAUAUAUAUUUGAAUAUUUGUUAAAAUCUGAAUACGUGCAAGGAAGAAUGUGAGAGUGAUAGAAUAGAUAAAAGAAAGAAAGGUUAAAAGAUAAAGAAAUUGCCAUUAUUUAUAAGUCAGAGAUCAUAUUUAAUGUAUAAAGAUGGUAUAAAAAGAGUGAAUAUAAAGAAUGCAACGAGAGAAAUAAAACUGAAUUCUACGUGAAAAAAAAAAAAAAAAUAAAAAAAAUAAAAAAAUACAUUAUGUAACUAUAAUACAUACGUUUUUUGUCAUUUAUCCUUAUUUUUAUUAUAUUAUCUUUUUUCUCUUUCAGAUUUUUCGUUGUUUUUCUUUUUUCUUUUACAAAUUUUCAUUUUCCGUCGUAGCUCAACUCGAUCCUUCUUAAAUUUCAUUCUUUUUGCGAAGCAAAAAUUUAUAGCAUUACAGGAUCUCUCUCUCUCUCUCUCUUUCUAUCUCUCUCUCUCUCUCUCUCUCUCUCUCGCUCUAAUUUUCUACGAUAUCCGUUCGUAUCCGACGACAUCGUCGGUCAAGUACACCGUUCAAAAAUUUACUCUCACCCCUUCGAUUCUUCACCCUCGCAUACACGCUCACACGCACGACGCACGAACGCACGUAUACCCUUUACUCGAGGAGAGACAUUCACUGUUUUUUUUUUAUCUUUUUUCUUACUCUUCGUCCACCCUUUCGUCUGUCUUCUUUUUACAU